AUGGUUCCCAUGACUCUCUAUAGCAACACAGGACAGGGACAUCAUCACAGACCCCAGCUGCAGCAGGAACAUGGACCCAGACAAUACAAAGGAAGCAUGUUUGCAAGAAUGUACAGGAUCAGAAUCAGCCAGAUAAAUAUUGAUUUUGACUCUAUUCAUUGAUUAAUUGAGAAAACACAUAUAUUCCAGAUGCAGUAAUCAUCCAUUAAAGCUUACUGUGAUGUGGUAGACUCUGCCUUCUCCAUUAAAGAUGACUGUAAUUUCUGCUUGCCAUUAUACGGAAUAGAACCUCUUGUCAUCCACAAUAACAGUGCUCACUCACUCUUCACUAGCAAAUGGGAUAUUUGCAAAGAACUUUGCUUGAGGGAGUUAGAAGAAGUUAAGGCCAGAGCUGCUCAGAUGGAAAAGACGAGAUGGUGGUCAGACUGCAGUGACAACUAGAGGGAAAAGUGGAGCAAAAUCAGAGCUGAAAGGAACAGUGCCAGGGAGGAAGGAAGGCAACUGAGAAUAAGAUUAGAGAUGGCAAUGAUAGAACUGAGAGUGCUGAAAAAGAAGCAGAGACUGAUACCUCAGAAGCAGCUUUCUGAAGAAGAGGAUGUGGCUAUUGAUCCACCAAGAAUAAAUGAGGCAAUAAAACCCCACCUACACUUUAGAGAGUCAUUCAAGAAUGAUGGUUCACAAAUCUGUGCAGUGACUCCAGAGCUCAAGCUACAAGGAGUGAAUUUGCUCUUAGAGAAGGAAGUAACUGAAAUUUCACCCUUAUAGGCACACUUGGCUAGCUUUCAAAUUAUCUUAAGGAAGGAAAGAGAAUAAAAAACUGCUUUGGAAAAAGAAGUAGAACAACUGGAGGCAGCUUUGUCUCUAUGGAAAUGGAAUUAUGAAGAGCUGGAAAAAAUCCAAGAUACCAAAUGUGAGAGUGGUGUAGGGAGAUUUGGAGAAAUUGUCAUCUGGGAGAUGUUCUAUACAAGUUAA